AACACCCAGAAGGCCUCGCGCUUCCUCCACUUCUGCGCGGUCUCAGCUUUGAUUCGCAAAGGUUUCUGGGAAGGGUGGACCGAUACCCAAGGAAGGACUACGAAUCCCAGCAAGCAGUUCGUGGCGUGAGGGCGCAGGAGGAGGAGCUCAGAGCCGUUGGGCCCCGCGGAGCCAGGCAGCGGCAGCACUUGGCAGGGGUGACCAUGGGGAAGCGUUACUUCUGCGACUACUGCGACCGCUCCUUCCAGGACAACCUCCACAACCGCAAGAAGCACCUGAACGGGCUGCAGCACCUCAAGGCCAAGAAGCUCUGGUACGACAUGUUCCGAGGAAGUGCCUGUGUGCAGCUAAAGUCGGAACCCGGAUCCUCUCUCCUCACAGAUGCAGCUGCCAUCUUGCUGGAUGAGCAGAACAAGCGGCCCUGCAGGAAGUUUCUACUGACAGGCCAGUGCGACUUUGGCUCCAACUGCAGAUUUUCCCACAUGUCAGAGCGAGACCUGCAGGAGCUGAGUAUGCAGGUGGAGGAGGAGAGGUGGGCCAGGGAGUGGCCACUAGACGUCACUGAGCUCCCUGAGGUCCACGUGGAGGACUGGCUGGAGAAGAGAGCCCAGCGGCUGAGCUCGGCCCCAAGCAGCAGGACUGAACCUGUCAGAGCCACCGUCUUCCAGUACCCAGUGGGCUGGCCACCAGUCCAGGAGCUUCCUCCAUCCCUGCGGGCACCCCCGCCUGGGGGCUGGCCCCUGCAGCCCAGCGUCCAGUGGGGCUGAGUCCCUUAUCCCUGUCUAGUCAGCCCUCCAAUCAGCCACAAUCAAGAUAAGGGCUUGUACGGGGGACACCCAGGCCCCCUCCUGCUGCACCCCAUGGAGCAUCUGAAACUAAAGACUGGGCCUGGCCUGGCCUCUCUGAGGCCUAAGCGUCCUCCCCAACCAGAUGCAGCCCUGGUCCUGGCUCUGAGCUAGGCAGCUCCACCACCCCCACCCCAACGGGACAUCUUGAGAAGACUUCCUUCCAGAUGUUUAUAAAGAAAGUCUGUCACCAC